GAAUUCGAAGCGCGCAACUGCCGUGACGGGUGAACCCUCAGACUGAGGGAGAAUUUUCAGCGCACAGAUACAGGAUCUCUACCGGCACAGAUGUCUCAUAUGGACCGCGACACACGUCUGAGAUACCAAGCUGCCGUACAAUACUCGGUGGGCAAAAUUCUCGAAACAUCCGCCAAAGAAGUGACUCGCGACGCCUAUGGGGAGCCCUUGCCUUCGAUAAAAUUUUCUCGCGAGGUGAUCGCAGCGGCUGGACUCCUAGUUUUUCAAAAAUUCCCCAUUCUGGCGACGGAUUUGGAAGCCUUCGCGAAGCAUGCCAAACGUCAGAAGGUCAUAACAGAUGAUGUGCUACUCUGCGCGAGGAGAAAUUCUGAUCUGGUGGCAAAACUAGAAUCGAUCGCCAAAUCCACGAAAGCGCAUAAGCAGGAAACGUUGAGGAUGAGCCUGACGGCCUCUACAGCGUCGAAGCAGCCCCAGCAAGACUCUGCCGCCCCCAAGCCGAAACCGGCCGAAGUUGAAGUCAUUGACCUGGACGAUUUAGAAUGACUAUAUCUUGGACUUUGAGAUAUCCAUAAAUUAGUGAUGGAGUUUGGAACAG